AUGGCCGCUAGCCCCGCGCCUCCGCCAAUGGCGGCACCCGCUCCAGGCACCGUCGCCCGCCCCCAGCGGAGCCCAUCACCGCCGCCCGGCAACCUGGAAUCCGGCGAGCGGUUCCCCCAAUUUUGUUUACUCGCCUCGGGCUCUGAUAGCUCGCCGCCGGGGGCCCAAUGCCACUGCCCUGGCUGCUGCGCCAGCGCCCAGACUGCCGUCCAGAUUCUCAACACCACCACCACGUGCAACGACGACGGCGACGUCUCUCCUCCAUACUCGUACUCAUUCGCCAACAACCCCAGGCACUCGUACGCUUCCGACUGCAGCUCCUCGACGUCGCGCACGCAGCAAUCCAGACCGUCCCGCUCGCCCACCCAGUCGAGCGUUUCCACAUCCGCCACCAGCGUCUUUGAUCAAGACGGCCCGGGAGACCACCAGCCCGCGCCCCCGAGCCGUCGUCGGCAGGCCGCCCCCACCAACCGCAGCAGACGAGACAAAGAGCUGCUGCAUGCAGCGCGCCAGCAGCGGUCAGGAAGCAACAGGCAGCCGCCGCCGCCGUUGGGCCCCGACAAGACAAGGGAUACCGCGAGAGCGCCCUGGCUGCGUCACAGAGGCUCCAGCGGGAGCGCCAACGCCGCCCAUCGCAGAACCAGCAACAACGGCAACGGCAACCCCAUCGACGACGCCCGAGCCGCCCUCGAGCCGCCGCAUGAUCAGGGUCUUGCGAGGAUGACGUUUACCGAGCAGCAGCGCUGGAUCACCGUCCAGCAAAAGACGUUUACGAAAUGGCUCAAUACCAAGAUUGACGCUCGGGAUCUCGAGGUCAAGGACUUGGUCAGCGACCUCAGCGAUGGUGUGAUACUUAUCCAUCUGCUCGAAUGCCUCUCCAACGAGUCCCUCGGCCGUUAUGCCUCGAAACCGAAGCUUCGUGUGCAAAAAUUCGAAAAUGCCAACCUGGCUCUGGACUUUAUCAAGUCCAGGGGUAUUCAGAUGACGAAUAUCGGUGCCGAGGAUGUCGUCGACGGCAACCGCAAGAUUGUCCUCGGCUUGAUAUGGACACUGAUUCUUCGCUUCACCAUUAGCGACAUCAACGAGGAGGGCAUGUCGGCCAAGGAGGGCCUGCUGCUCUGGUGUCAGCGAAAGACGGCAUGCUACGACGAGGUCGAGGUGCGAGACUUUAGCGGUAGUUGGAACGAUGGCCUGGCGUUUUGUGCCCUCCUCGACAUCCACAGACCUGACCUCAUCGACUUUGAUGCCCUCGACAAGUCGGACCACCGCGGCAACAUGCAGCUCGCCUUUGACAUUGCCCACGAAGAAAUUGGUAUCCCCAAACUGCUCGAUGUUGAAGACGUGUGCGACGUUCCCAAGCCUGACGAGCGAAGUCUCAUGACCUAUAUAGCAUACUGGUUCCAUGCCUUUUCUCAGAUGGAAAAGGUCGAGAAUGCCGGCCGCCGCGUCGAAAAGUUCGUCAACAACAUGCAAGGCGCCUGGGAGAUGCAGAGCGCUUACGAGCGGCGCAUGCGUCAGCUCCUCAAGACGCUCAGCAACCAGGUCGAGCAGUGGCAAGGCGCCAAGUUUGAGGGCACGUACGCCGACGCCAAGGCGCAGGCCACCGAGUUCGCUGCGUACAAGCGCGGCCUCAAACGAGAGUGGGUGGCAGAGAAGAGCGACCUGGCGACGCUGUUGGGCAAUAUCAAGACCAAGCUGGGAACGUAUCGACUCCGCCCGUACGAGCCACCGGCCGAACUGCGGUUGGAAGUGCUGGAGCAGGCCUGGGCGACGCUGGCCAAGGCCGAGAUGACGCGGGCGCAGCUGAUAAACGAGACAAUUCGAGACAUCAAAAACGCCCUGCGCAAAUCCUUUGCGGACAAAGUCAACGACUUCGCCAUGGCCCUCAACACGAUGCAGCUGGCCAUAUCGGGGCUGGACGGCGAUGUCGAGGACCAGUUGCAUCAUGUCAGGAAGUUGAGCGACAACCUCGCCCCGCUAGAUCGGUACCUGGAGACCAUCGCGGCCGUAGACGCCAAGUGCGCCGAGGCCAACAUCGAGGAGAACGACUUCACGACGUACACGUAUGACGAGCUGUCGUACGAACUGAGCCUCGUCAAGUCGUCAGUUCAGAAGAAGCUAUCGUUCCUGGAGAACCAGAUGGUGGCGCGCAACAUGACGAACCUGACGCCGAUCCAGCUCGAGGAGUUUGAAAGCGUGUUCCGGCACUUUGACCGCGACGACACCAACUCGCUGCAGGAGCUCGAAUUCAGCGCAGCGCUGGCAUCCCUGGGGCUGGUAUUUUCAGAAGACGAGAUGCACGACUACUUUGUGGAGACGUCCAACGGGCGCGACUACGUGACCUUUGAGCAGUUCAUCCGGUUCAUGGUGGAUGUGACUGAGGACCAGAACACGGCGGAGCAGGUGUUCCAGUCGUUCCGGGAGGUGGCCGAUGGCAAGCCGUACGUGACGGAGAUGGACCUACGACACAGCUUGGUGCCGGACGAGGUGAUUGAUCAGCUAGUGGAGAUGAUGCCGCCGCACAAGGGACCAGAUAUGUCGGGCGACCGGGGCCAACCGCAGUACGACUACAUCUCGUUCAUGGAGAAACUUAUCAACGACGAGCGGGCGGCCGCGGCGGCGGCAGACGUGCCGAGCGGCGUGCUCCAGGACAGGACCAACGUUGGCGACGCAAACCCGCGACGGGGCGCCAAGACGAACGGCAUGGACGGAUGA